GAGGUCUUCAUGACAGCUGAGCUUGACCCAUGUGUUAUUACACACGCUGUAGUGGUGCUUUUUUUCUUUUUUUUGUACAAGUUUGUAGAUAUUGGACUUCUGAAGUAGGUAGUAAAGUUAAGUCAGGUUUUCAAGUCUUCAUAAAUGUUGGUAAAGUACUGGUAUAUAAAUAGGGUAUCUAAGGAUGUAAUGAAGAGAGAUCGGAAGAAAUGACGUCGAAACGGGAGGUAUGCUAUUAUUUCCAUCACGAUGUACCAAAUUUUCAUUAUGGCUCGAGGCAUCCAAUGAAACCACAGCGCUUAGCUGCUUUACACAGUCUAGUUGUCAAUUAUGGAUUGCACAAAGAAAUGCUUGUACUCACACCCCCUCGUGCAUCUGCAAUCGAGAUUGAACGGUUCCAUUCGAAAGAUUAUGUGGAUUUUCUUCAGCGAGUGUCACCCCGCACAGCUGACCAGUAUGAAAAUCUUUUCUCACAAUACAAUAUUGGUGAAGAUUGUCCCAUUUUCGAUGGGAUUUUCGAAUUUUGUUCCAUUUACACGGGCGCUACACUUAGCGGUGUUGCUCGCCUAAAUCAUGGUCUAAGUGAUAUUGCCAUUAAUUGGAGUGGUGGUUUACAUCAUGCCAAAAAACGUGAAGCUUCAGGAUUUUGUUACGUGAAUGACAUUGUUAUUGGGAUCUUAGAAUUGCUGAAAUACCAUCCUCGAGUACUUUAUAUUGAUAUAGAUAUACAUCAUGGCGAUGGAGUUCAAGAAGCGUUCUAUUUGACCGAUCGAGUGAUGACCGUUUCGUUUCAUAAGUACGGCAAUUAUUUUUUCCCAGGAACUGGGGAUAUGUAUGAUGUUGGGCAGGAUAGUGGUCGUUAUUACGCUGUGAACGUCCCCAUGAAAGAGGGGAUGGAUGAUGAAAAUUAUCAUUCCUUGUUUAAACCAGUCGUGGGGGCUGUUAUUGAUUGUUUCAAUCCAUCAGUUAUUGUCCUGCAAUGCGGAGCUGAUUCACUAGGAUGCGAUCGCCUGGGGUGUUUUAAUUUGAGCUUUUCGGGCCAUGGAGAAUGUGUAGAUUUUGUUCGCAGUUUGGGAAUUCCAAUGCUUGCAGUGGGUGGUGGAGGAUAUACAUUACGUAACGUCGCACGGUGUUGGACGUAUGAAACUGCAAUUCUCGUUGGCAAAAAAGACGAAAUACCAGACGAAAUCCCGAAUAAUACUGAAUAUCUACAGUUCUUUGCCCCCGAAUUUACGUUAAGACCGACACUGGCAAAAAGGCAGGAGAAUCAAAAUACCAAAGAAUAUAUCACUGCUCUCAAGCAAGAAGUGUUGGAUCAUUUGAGGCAAAUUCGUCAUGCACCUUCGGUACAGAUGCAAGAAGUCCCACCCGAUCUUUUAGAUCCUGAUGAAGUAUUCUCAUUGCAAGAAUCUCCUCCAGAUGUUCUUCCAACUGAUAAUAAUCCAGAUGGCGGUACAUUUUUCGGUAUCAAUUCUGAAAUUGAUCGCUCAUCAUGACUUUCUCUAGUGCCUAUCGAUAUGAUUCGGAGCUGCUCCAUCCUGGACCGCUUUUAGAGCCUGUCUGUUUGAUACGUUGGAUGACUAACUCUAAAUAUAUGGAAGAAAGGAGAUGUACCAUUUUUCGUUAAAAAAUUUCUGCCUACUUUAUGCAGCUGUUUGGUUUUAUGCAUCGCUUAUAUUGAUCUGCAUUGGUUCAUGUUUCAUCACUGAAUUUCAAAAUAAAUCUGGCAUCUCAAAGCA